GUACGAAUAAGUUAAAGUGUCUAGCACAGACAGUACAGAGUUGAAAUACUCGAGUUAAGAACAUGGAGCUCCCCCGCCCCGUGGUGAAUGGUACGGUCCUCUGUUGAAAUUCCGAGAAUUGGGCUGUUCUGUUUCUUAGAACUGGAUUCUCAGAACUGGUGAUGCACAGAGUUUCGAGGAAACUUUUACAAGGUGACUUUUUUUCCUUCCUAUUUCUCAGCAUUAGGUCAGAAGUGUAGUGAAGCAGCGGCCGCUAUCUCGGCAGCUCCCAGCCUGGAUUUUUAUAUCAAAUAUUGACUUUAUUCUGCGCUUUCUUUAAACAGCAGCGAACUAAAAGUCGGAACUGUGAAAGUUUAUAGUUAGAGUUGCUCUGUCUGUGGUUGUUUUACACAGGUGCAGCUGUAGUCUGUGUGGAUGUAAUUUCAGCGACUGUGUUUGAAAUCGUCUGAAAACAAGCAGCAGUUUGGCAGUAUGAGCCUCCGGUUGAGGCUUCUUUUCCCAGAGCUUAUAGUAACCUGUCUGUUUUGCUGAUAUGUGCUAUACGUGUAUUUUAAAUGCUGUUUUGGAAGUUGUGGCAACGUAUGAGACUCGUAAAAGUUGCGCAACUGGAUCGGUCGGUCCGCUUCAGUCACAUCUUGUUUUCUCUGCGCAUUUGUCUAGUCGACAAACAAUCUUACAACUCCACUUAGUGCCUCCAACAUUGAGCCGAACACUUGUUAAUAUGAUCUUUAACCGAGGAAAUGGCUUAAAAACACAUUAAAAACAUCUGAGAAGCCCCAAUCAUGACAGAAUAACAUCAUUUUGUAACUUAAAUGGACUUGGGUCGGCCUGCUCGGCGAGCAAUAACAAACUAACCACUCCUUAAAAAUCACAUCUUACGAAGUUUUAUCGUCUCAGUUCAGUCUAAUUGGUUUAGAAGUAUCUGGAGCGAUUAGCAUGGGGAGUAAAUAGUAAUGGGUUAAAUGAGUUGAGUUCUACUUAUAUCGGGGAACAGGAAACCUCUCUGUGUACUGGCAACCUAAUCUGAGCAGUCAGGACGGAAUGUGCUCAACGUCAAACACGUUUACAGGCUGCAGGCUGCCAGCACUGCGCUGCCUGUUACAUUGUGUACAUCUGCGACAGAUAGCACAAAGACAUGGAGUAUCAUACCAUUUUACAACUUUUUCACUUUUAAUGAUGUGUUUGCUCUUACAUUCAUCGUCCUUGUGAAAGUUUUUAAUAAUUCAAAAUGAUUAAAAUAAAAAAAUCUCAAAAGUUAUAGGGGGGACUUGAGCCACUGUGAAUUUUAAUUUUGAUCGCAAAUUCUUUAUAAAUUAUUUUUAUGUAACAACACCGUGAAUAAAGCCACUUAAAAGAGAGAUAUUUAAGGUUGAGUAAACUUACUGUCUGCUUUUUUUUCUUUGCAAUGACGCCUCCUCCUGAUAAAACACAGUCAGGACACUUGUUCUGUUGUAAUGUCCUCUGGUGAAGAAGAAGAAGCCUGCAGGCAGGUGGCCUGUUUCAGCUCACAGCACUGAGUCUCAGGCGAUGAUGAAAUGCGAUUUACUUUCUAGUUUGAUAACCGUGUGUGUUUGUGUUAAUUUGAGCAAUUAUGAUUUUCUGGGAUUAUAAUUAGCCCCCUAAGAACUUGAAUUUGGCUUGAAAUUGGAAUUUUAAGUGGAUUGCCUGGGUGUAUUAAAUGCAGGAAAGCCCCUGUAAAAUGCAAAAAAACUUACCCUCAACAGUAGAAACUUGGUCUGAAUAACUAAUGACAUUUUUCAGAGAAUAUGGUCAGUUUAUGAUCAAACCAGGGUCAAUUUUUUCACUGUCCCUGCUUAGCUUUGAUCAUAUUUACCUGUCUGUUCUUAGCAGUGGGUCACUUUCAGAGUUGUAGGUUUUUAAAACGUGCCAUUUUUGUCUUUGUUCAGAUUUUGACAGCAUGGCCACGACUGCAGAUGGCUGCAUUCAGUUCACCCGCCAUGCAGGUGACGUCUUGCUCAACUUUAAUCGCCUUCGUAGCAGGAACAUCCUCACAGAUGUCACCAUACAGGUGGAUGGGCAGCAGUUUCAUGCACACAAGGCGAUCUUGGUGGCCUGCAGGUAUGCCACGUCAUGAAAUCCAACACAGUGUCAACAGCUCAUGAUCCUCAUCAGUGCAUAUGUAUAACAAUGGUGUCUUUUGUUCUUUUUUUAGUGGCUUCUUUUAUUCAGUAUUCAUGGAUCCCCAGAAUGCAAACCUCAGUGCCAUCAGCUUAGAUCCAAAAGUGGACCCCAAGGGUUUCUCAAUCCUGUUGGACUUCAUGUACACGUCCUGUCUGAACCUGAAGGAAAGUCUGGUUGUUGCUACCAUGAACACAGCCGUCUACCUCCAGAUGGAGCAUGUGGCUGACACCUGCCACAGGUUCAUCAAGUCCAGGUAAAGGAAGAAGAAAAAUCUCACAGAUCCACAUGACUGUGUGGGUUAAAGGGGAGGGGUCUGAGUUUAUAACUUUAUGUUGAAUCUGUUUUUUUUUUUUUUUGCAGGAAUCAAUCUAUGAAUCCGCUAAAUGAAGAAGUGCAGAUCAACUCCUUGCAUUUGACGGAGGACAGGCCUGCCGAGGACUUUAGAGGCAACCACACAUCAGCCUCCUCUUACACACCCAAUGUUUUCAGGGGGAUUAACACCUCUGGCUCCUACCAUGUUUAUGGAGACCCCCAUGUCCCUGCUGGUCAGAUGGAAGGUUCCCCAAGCAAUCAUCCCAGACAAGGAGCUUUGUCUCAGAAAAGAUGCUCCGAGGUGGCUCCCAGUGAGUCCCCAUCCACCAUCUCCCACCAUGUGCCAUCUCACCCUAGUUUUUCCACUACCAUUGUGAGACCAGGAAGAACACAAGGGAGCCACCCAAGACCUGCCACACCCAUGGAUGAAGACAGCGUUCAGCACCCACAGAGCAGCUGCCUCAGACUGUCUCCAGGUUUUGUUAAAGGUGUGAUCUGCAGCCCUCAGAGCCCCCUCAGGUCUGACUGCCAGCCCAACUCGCCAACUGAGUCCAACAGCAGCAAAAACGCCAUGCUGAGCCUCAAACAACAGUCUGACUGCCCCAGUGACACCAAGGCCCGCAACUGGAAGAAGUACAAGCUGAUCGUUCUGAACCAAACGCCCGACGAGAAUGAGAAAGAGACACAGGGAGGCGGCACUGAAACCACAGCCAUGUCCCCCACUCUGAACUCAUAUGAUAGCAGUGAAACAAGCGGACACAGCGAGGCCCAGGCAGAAGAUGGUGCCAGUGAGAACAGAGAGGAGAUCUUCAUGUCUCAGAGUGUGGACAGCUGCAGCAGCAUCAGGUAAUGACAAUGAUUUUGAGCUUGAUAUAAACUUGUGAGAGGAAUGAAGACUUUUUCUAACUCUGUGGUUGUCAUGCUGUGUGCAGUCAGCGCAGAUGCUCAUCCUGUGGCUGCGACAGCCCCCGCUGUAUGGAGAUGGGUCACCUGUCUUCUGACUCAUAUAGCAGAGAUGAAGCCACCAAACUAAACUUAGAGUAUUCUUCCUCCAGCUGUGGUAAGUCUCCACUCAACAUCUUGAGUUUAACGACAAGAAUAACAGAAUUAUUUUGAUAUAAUAUGAUAUUAAAAAUGUGUUUGUUCCUCUCUUCAGAAAACAACACUUAUUUCUGCAAUGGUUGUGACUCCAAGUUUAUGGAGGAGGAUUCCCUUAAAGACCACAUGGUCCAAGUCCACAGUGAUAAGCCAUACAAGUGUGACUGCUGCCAGGCUGCCUUCCGCUAUAAGGGCAACUUGGCUAGCCACAAGACUGUUCACACUGGUAAGAGCGGCCAAUCCAGCUCUGCUAUUUAAAACUGCGAUCCAACAGCCUUAGCACAACAGAUUUACAUCAGGUCUUCCUUAACCUUUUUGUUCUUUACGUCUAGGUGCAAAGCCGUACCACUGCAACAUAUGCGGUGCUCAGUUCAACAGACCAGCCAACCUCAAGACGCACACACGCAUCCACUCUGGAGAGAAGCCAUACAAGUGUGAGACCUGCGGCUCCAGAUUUGUUCAGGUGAGGAGCAAAGUAAACACAAAAGCUGUACAAAGUUCACCUGCUGCCCUUGUAUGUGUGUAUUAAAUAUAAGCCUUAAUUUCCCCUCCAGGUGGCCCAUCUUCGAGCUCAUGUGUUGAUCCAUACAGGAGAAAAGCCAUACCCUUGUGAGAUUUGUGGCACACACUUCCGCCACCUUCAGACGCUCAAGAGCCACAUGCGUAUUCAUACGGGAGAAAAGCCUUAUCAUGUAAGCUUCCUACUCUUUAUCCUCUGUGUCUGCUGGCUGAGAGUAAUCCCUCUGCCCCUGUGAUCCAUGUGCCUAUCAAUAGUUAUAUGUCCCGAGUGGUAAUCUCACUAAAGCAAUGAACUGUGGCUGACUUGAUGACACUGUCCAUUUAUAUUGAUUCCCUAAAUGACUGGACUUUGUUUUCCACAGUGUGAAAAAUGUGACCUCCACUUCAGACACAAAAGUCAGCUGAGGCUUCACCUGCGGCAGAAACACGGGGCCGUCACCAACACCAAGGCCCAGUAUCGCAGGACUCCCAGUAACAUCCUCACUGGUCUGAUGAGCUCCUGCUGAGACUUCUGUUUGUCGGUUUCCUUUCGCAUCGACAACCAUGUUGUCAAAAGAUUUAAAUUUUUUUACACACAGAUAUUAUGUGAUGUGUAUGCUCUUUAUGCAUUUGUAUAUGAUGCACAUGACUUUAUGUAAGCUCUUUGGUAUUUCAAAGAUGGUAGAAGUUGAUGCUUUCUUUAUGAAUGUCUAACAUCAGAGUGCACAUUAUGAAUGUGGAUUUGAGCAGGUAUUUGUUUGGCCAAUUACUCAUCAGUGCAUCAGCAUUGAAGGACAGUCCUCUUCCUCAUUCGGAUAGAGCUUCACUGUUACACAUUUGCUUUAGCUGCUGGUGUGAUAAAAGCCCAGUUAUGUGCUCACUGUUCAUGUUUCAUUAGUUUAUUUUGUAAAUAAGAUAAUAUAUAUUUUCAGAUUGCCAUCUGCUGGCAGAGCACAGAUAUAUUUACGCUAAUUUGUUUUUCUUAUGUGCUGUCAAUAACACAAGGGCUUGUUAUUUUGCCAUUUCAUAAAUUGUGGUACGUAUUGAAAUAUGUACAGAUUUUCACCUGUAAAAAAAAAUGCUAUGUACAUUUCUUUUCAGUCAUUUCACUCGCUAUAUUCUUAUUUAUGUUCCUUUCUUUGCUGUAUUCUAACCCAUUCUGGUGCUGCAGUGAUCCAUCCAUAGGAUUGUCAAAGUUGGAUUGUAUUUGAUCAAACCAGAUGUAUUAUAGUGCACUCGUACAAACCAGUAUACUCACAGUGCCUUACAUUCAAACUUCUUUAGUAACUUCCCUUCAUGCAUUUAGCUUUGAAACUGUCGAUGUGAUCUCUCUCACAUUUGGUACAUUGCCUUCUUGUCGAACAAGGCAUGUCAAGUACUAUUGCUUAUGUAGCUGAUUAUCUGUUGUGUGUAGCUCUUGAAAUGUAGAUACACCAGGCCCCAAGCUAAAGAAAAAAAAAGUGCUCAGGAAUAUGAAAAAUAUGUCAGCAAAUUUCUUUGUACCUGCAGAUUAUAAAAAAGUAUAUAUAAAAUAUAUAUGACAUGAAAAUAAAUGUACAGUAUGUAGCA